AUGUUCAAUAAAAUUUUGUACGACUUCAUUUUGAAGGAUUUCAACGUCGAUUCGCAGACAGCGCAACUCACAAAUCCCAUACUUGAUUUCUUGGAGGGGUCCGUAACUUCCGCCUUAGGACAUGUGAACAAAUAUGCGGCAUACGCCGCAUCGGCCUUUUCGAAACUCUCCGGCUGUCUGAAAAAGGGUAAAGGAUCACAAAAAUCUAAAGGUAAAGGAUCGGACAAACCUAAAGGUGGGAAGGGAGGUGCUGGAGGGGGUGGAAAAUUGCCAAAAUUCACGGAACCAGACGAAGAAGUUAAAAAUGCCGGCGAACGAAUUUUGGAAGAAUGGCCUGCCGUUAUUGAUGCUGAAAUGGCCAGAGUCAAUUUCCGUCUGGAAUUAAUUUUCAUGGCGGCCAAAAGGAAAAUCGGAGCCUACCUCGGUAAUUCUACUGAUUUCUUCGACGGACUUUACGACGAAAUAGUGCAAAAGUACAACAACGAAGUGGAAAGUAUCAACAAGGCUUGCGAAUUCUUUGCGAGAGCUGUAGAAGCCGAAAUACGAAUUCAACCCCUGUUGCAGUUUCGAGGGGAUACUUUUUACAUAGACCCCUACUCUUUACUUUUCCCUGAUCCCCUGCCCGAACCUGAACCACCGCUAACUGAAAAAAACUACGCAGCUAUUUUCAAAAUUACAGAACUAAACGUACUGGUCGAUAUCUUUUUCGAUGUGGCGCCAGACGGAACGAUGCCAGAAAGGACUUUCCUUUACAUCAUACAAGACGCGAUCUGUCUAAACGCUGAAGACGGAAAAAAGCCCAUGGUACCGCCUUUGUGGAAGAAGCUCACAUCCAAACAGGUUGAACAAAUGAUGCAAGAGAUUUUCGGAAAUGUCGAGUUCGUCAACUGGAAAGACUUUGUUGUGCUGAGCAUGGAUGUUCCAUUCCCUACCGAAACGGAGUUGAUGGACGUGCGAAGCGAAUUUAGAUCUCACGAUCCUGACGACAUAGAAACAGUGAAAGACUAUCAAUUCAACGGCAUCACCUUCUGGUUCGAAAAGGAUACCGAUCCCGACGACAACGAGGAACAGCUACGUCUCGCUUUGAUCAAAGAUCUCCUCUUUCGGCUGUACAAAAUAAACGACGACACGCUCAAUUACACUGCGAUGCUCCUGGCGUUUUGCAAAGAUCUGAAUCCCGUCGUCGGAAUGGCGAAAGCGUUGGCACUGAGCUUGGGGAAACUGGUGUGUUGGGACAUGGAAACGGGUAACAAUUUUAUUACAGACUGGGAACGGAAAAGGCAAGAAGCAGAGGAAAUGUGUAUGAAUCGACAAAUUGAACGUGAUAUAGCCACGAGGGCUGCCGAAAGUGUUUUGGAUCAGAUGAUUGACGAAACCGUGCACGUGUGCGACAGCGUGGUCAUCGAAGAGAUCGUCAGUGGGGAACAGGAUGUUUCAGAAUAUGACCAAGAACCUGAUAUAACUGGAAAACAGGAAGAAGACGAGGAGGAAGAGUGCAGUCUGCCCCCGUGUGGAUCCAUUUUUUCCAGGGAAUUCUCUAACAUUGAAAUCGGAUACGAAUCGUUUGACUUACCACCCUUGGCUUACUUGCUGCCCUUCGAACUCAUUAUAACCGUUCUAACCGCCGCUUUGCCCUGGUAUGCGAAAGUACAAAACAUGGGACACGAAAGUUUACGACAAAAAAUUGAAAUUAUCUACGAAUCCCUUAGGCGCGAGGAGUUUAAUUACUCAGUUUUGACGCAUGAAUUUUUGAACUGCGAUGAUUUUUUCAAAAUGUUACCCUACAUUGCCAAACAGUUUACCGCACUUCGGACAGAAUACAUCGUUGAAACAUUAUUAAGUGACUUUUAACAAAAUGUUUACAUUCCUAAAUUAAACUUUUGAAUAUGUAAAAGAAGGUCGAUUAAUAUCUAGUCAAUUUUAAAUAGGUACUGUUCUUCGUCGUUUGUACGUAUGUUUAAAAAAGGAUUAAGGAUUUAACGCAAUUCUAAUACUUCUAUAAAAACAGACGUUUGAAAUAUAAUAAUAAAAAUGUUAUAUUUCACUUUAUCACAAUGUACAAUGUACAUUUCUAUAAAAACGCCUUUUUAUUCACAUACAAAACUAAAAUAAACAGUUUUCUUUCGCUAGAGCUAAAACUUCUCAAAAUAAGAACAAACAGAAAACAAUUGUCCUUUAAAACUACAGAUAUGUAAAUACCUAGUGAAUAUUAUUAACGCAGAGUGCUUUGGAAUUUCGCGGAAUGUUAUGAAAACUCAAAAAACUUUUUUUAACCUUAGUCGGACAUCAGACAGCAACCUCGCAAAGUCUACCACAGUAUAAAGGAAAAAAUAAAAGUAAUUCGUACAUCAGAAUUCUCAAAACACUCUGCAAAUUUUCGAACACAAAUCAAUUACUAAAUAUCUGUGUAAUCACAGCCUAAAAUCGGCAAAUAUUAAGUACACUAUACAUGCUAUAUUCAAGUCUACUUUGAACUACAAAAUCUAAUAGCCUUUGCAUUGAAACAAAAUUAAUUUAUCAACAUCGGAAAUUAUUUCCAACAAAUGGGUCAAAGAACUUUUUUUUUUAUUUACGAGACAAAAAAGGCAUUAGUAAUUAAGUAUUAUGUUAAGAAUAAUCGAGAUCUUGCUCUAAAACAAAUAUAUACCUUUUGGCACUACUAUGGAACAAGUACCUACACAUUUGUGUAAGUAUUAAGCUGAAACGUUUAGCAAAAACUACCUUUCACUAUUUUUUUACCUUAUUACUUGUAACGCAUGAGAAGACAGAAUAUUAUUAAUAAUAGGAAUAUCAAAAAGUAGCAAUUUUUUAUAAUAUCUUCAAGCACUGUUUGUGUACCUAACAGAUUAUUAUGAUGAUGAAUAUGUGUCAGCGUUAUUUCUACAACUUUUAUGAGUACUCAAUACAUUUUCAUUGUUUGAAAAAAUCUGAUGAACACUAACGAAUUGCAAAUUAACUUAACUAAUUAUUUAUUACUUAGGUGAAGUAAAACGAGUAUUUAUCAUAGCUAUUGUUCGAUGUGGACCAAUUUGAACAGAACUUAUUCAAAAAUUUCAGUAUAUAAUACAAUUCAAAUAUAUUAGAUCUAUAACAAAGUUAGAGAACAUAUACCAUUGGAGGAAACUCACUUUAUUCACAUAUGAAUGUGUGACGGGCGCAGAUGAGACGCAACAAUAAUAGGGUAAAUAUACAGUAAUGACAGCCAAUCGCACGUAGGGUGUGGGUGAAUGUGACGCUGGGGUAAAAUGAGACGCAACAAUAAGGGGAGGAGUAUACAGUAAUGACAGCCAAUCGCACGUAGGGUGUGAGUGAAUGUGACGCUGGGGUAAAAUGAGACGUAACAAUAAGGGGAGGAGUAUACAGUAAUGACAGCCAAUCGCACGUAGGGUGUGAGUGAAUGUGACGCUGGGGUAAAAUGAGACGUAACAAUAAGGGGAGGAGUAUACAGUAA